AUGGCACAGGAUGAUCUCAGAGGCUGCCCUUUGACUCCAUUGCCUCCAGUUAGCAUUGCUAUUCGAUUCACGUAUGUGCUUCAGGAUUGGCAGCAGUACUUUUGGCCUCAGCAGCCACCAGAUAUCGAUGCCCUUGUGGGAGGAGAAGUUGGAGGCCUGGAGUUUGGCAAGUUGCCGUUUGGUGCCUGUGAAGAUCCUAUCAGCGAACUCCAUUUAGCAACGACAUGGCCUCAUCUGACAGAAGGGAUCAUUGUGGACAAUGAUGUUUAUUCUGAUUUGGAUCCUGUUCAAGCUCCCCAUUGGUCUGUUAGAGUUCGAAAAGCUGAUAACCCCCAGUGUUUACUAGGUGAUUUUGUCAAUGAAUUUUUAAAAAUUUGCCGUCGAAAGGAAUCAACUGAUGAGAUUCUUGGACGAUCCACAUUUGAAGAAGAAGGAAAAGAAGUUGCUGAUAUAACUCAUGCUCUGUCAAAGCUGACCGAACCAGCACCAGUUCCAAUUCAUAAAUUAUCAGUUUCAAAUAUGGUACAUACUGCAAAGAAGAAAAUACGGAAGCACAGAGGAGAGGAGUCACCACUGAACAACGAUGUUCUCAACACCAUUCUGUUGUUCUUGUUCCCAGACGCUGCCUCUGAGAAGCCGCUAGAUGCAGCUGCUUCAGUAGACACUAGCAACCCUCCACCAGAGGGCGAAGACUAUACUCUGUACAAUCAGUUCAAGUCUGCGCCCUCUGACAGUUUAACAUACAAACUGGCCCUGUGUCUCUGUAUGAUCAAUUUCUACCAUGGAGGGCUGAAGGGAGUGGCACAUCUCUGGCAGGAAUUUGUUCUUGAAAUGCGCUUCAGAUGGGAAAACAACUUUUUGAUUCCAGGACUAACAAGUGGACCACCAGAUCUAAGAUGUUGUUUACUCCAUCAGAAACUACAGAUGUUAAAUUGUUGUAUUGAAAGAAAGAAAGCACGUGAUGAGGGGAAGAAGACGAGCCCUUCAGAUAAUGUAACUAAUGCAUAUUCAGGGGGCCAGCUAGGCCUGGACCAUCUCAGAGACACAGAGAAGGAAAAGGGAGAAGUGGGGAAGUCCUGGGAUUCCUGGAGCGAUAGCGAAGAAGAAUUCUUUGAAUGCCUCAGUGAUACUGAAGACCUUAAAGGAAAUGGGCAGGAGGGUGCUAAGAAGGGAGGCCCCAAGGAGACGGCCAACUUCAAGCCGGAAGGACGCCUGCACCAGCAUGGGAAGCUCACGCUGCUGCAGAACGGGGAGCCUCUCUACAUUCCCGUGACCCAGGAACCAGCACCCAUGACAGAAGAUCUGCUGGAAGAGCAGUCUGAGGUUUUAGCUAAAUUAGGGACAUCUGCUGAGGGGGCGCACCUCCGCGCACGCAUGCAGAGUGCCUGUCUGCUUUCCGAUAUGGAGUCGUUUAAGGCAGCUAAUCCAGGUUGUGUUCUGGAAGAUUUUGUGAGGUGGUACUCGCCGAGGGACUACGUUGAAGAGGAGGUGACUGACGAGAAGGGCAAUGUGGUGCUGAAGGGAGAGCUGAGUGCCCGCAUGAAGAUCCCCAGCAACAUGUGGGUGGAAGCUUGGGAAACUGCUAAGCCCAUUCCAGCGAGACGCCAGAGGAGACUGUUUGAUGACACCCGAGAGGCUGAAAAGGUGCUGCACUACCUGGCCAUGCAGAAGCCUGCAGACCUAGCUCGGCACCUCCUGCCGUGUGUGAUCCAUGCAGCUGUUCUCAAGGUAAAGGAAGAAGAAAGUCUGGAAAACAUUCCUUCCGUUAAGAAGAUUAUAAAGCAGAUCAUAGCCCAUUCCAGUAAAGUUCUGCACUUUCCCAGUCCCGAAGACAAGAAGUUGGAAGAAAUCAUCCUGCAGAUCACUAACGUGGAAGCUAUCAUAGCCCGAGCCCGGUCCCUGAAGGCCAAGUUUGGAACUGAGAAAUGUGAGCAAGAGGAAGAAAAAGAAGACCUUGAGAGGUUUGUCAGCUGCCUGCUGGAGCACCCCGAAGUGUCCGUCACUGGAGCUGGAAGAGGCCACGCGGGCCGCAUCAUCCACAAGCUCUUUGUGAAUGCUCAGCGGGCUGCCGCGGUGGCUCUGCCGGAGGAGGAGCUGAAGAGGUCGGGCUGCCCAGAGGAGCGGAGACAGAGCUCGGUCUCAGACUUCCCACCUCCUGCAGGCCGGGAGCUCAUCCUGAGGGCCACCGUGCCGCGGCCUGCGCCCUACUCCAAAGCCCUCCCACAGCGCAUGUACAGCGUGCUCACCAAGGAGGACUUCAGACUUGCAGGUGCCUUUUCCUCAGACACCUCCUUCUUCUAGUGGGGAGGAGGAGAGGCAGCUCCUGCCAUGGACACCUGAGGGCCACCAAGAGGACCUCGUCCAGCCAGCAGCAGGAGUCACACCAGCAUUGAGGGCCAUCUCCAGCACCAAGCUUGAGCCAGAGGGACAGAUUUGAGGUGUCAAAGACUUUGCCUGGGGGAGAUGGCCUGUGUGGAGGAAACCACACACCGUGGGCCUCACCUUGGGGGACAGAGUUUGUUCACUGUCCUGCGACAGUCAUCUGCGUAAACACUUAGUGGUUGUCCCUUUAGUAUCACGUUUGCAAAAUAGAGUAUCUGUGACCUCAGGUUCCGAUAGUGCGGAGGUAGCGUUUAGUCCCAGGAUCUGUUCUUAAACUGCCAUGUGACAGUCUCUAUCCAGUCACCUGGUGGUCAGCUUAUGCUAUGUGGUGAACACUGGAAUAUUCUAGUAGAAAAACUAGAAUUACAGUUUUGUUUUCCACGUGACUGUAGCCAAAUGUAUUCCUUCUGAUCAAUCUAUACCUGAAAUGUGGCUGCAAAUUAGCUCUGCGUGUG